AUGGCAAAUUUUCUGGACGUUUUGAGGCAACAUGAUUUUGUUCUCGUCAAUUUUUAUGCCGAGUGGUGCCGUUUCAGUCGCGACUUAGCUCCAAUAUUUUUGUCAACGGGUGAGAGCGUCGUUCAGGAAUUUAAGGAUGGCAAAGUUGUACUUGGUCGUGUGGAUUGUGAUGAUCAGGGAGCCCUCUGCAUGUCACAGGGAGUGUCAAAGUACCCAACACUGCGGCUUUUCAAAUUUACACGACGCUACGGCAGCGAGUAUCGAAAUCAACGAUCGGUGGAGGCCUUUCUGGCCUACCUUCGUGAACAAACGGCAGAUCCUAUAAAGAAACUGACCUCAUUGGCGGAGGUGGACGGUUUGACAACCCAACGCAAUCUGGUGGGCAUAUUUCCCACCAUUUCAAAUGACAAUGCAGCCUACAUGAACUUCUACAUGGUCUCUCACCUCGUCGGCGAUUGCACUUUCUAUGGAGUGGAGGACAAGAAUGCCACAGCAUCGGUCGUCAAGUUUAUCCUCAAAAAGUUCCCCUCUGAUGGAGACACAAAGCACCAGCAACUGACUCUGGCGAGAGAGGAGGUAGCAAAUCCGGAAACGGUGACCGACUUUGAGGCGCUGCGUAAAUGGGCUGUGGAGCGUUGCACGCCCCUGGUACGAGAGUUGACCUUUGCGAAUGCGGAGGAGAUCACUGAGCCACGGCUGCCCCUUCUCAUUCUCUUCUACCCGCCUAAUGACUUCUCUGCGGCGAUGAAAUUUAACACCCUUAUGGAGGAGCACUUUGGCGAUCUUACUGGUCGCUUUGUGCCUCUGGUGGCUAAUGGAGAGAUCUUCUCUCAUCCUCUCAUGCACAUGGGCAAGUCGGUAAAUGAUCUUCCCUUGCUGGCAAUCGACUCAUUCCAGCACAUGUUCCUCUACCCUGGAAAUUUGGACGAAGCACUCAAAGACCCGAAGUACAUCAAACAGUUUUUGGCUGAUCUUGCCUCAGAAAAACUUCAUCGACAGUUCCACGGCUUCCCCGAACCUCAGAACGAAGCGGAUCGGAAGCCCGAGGAGGAAAAAAAGCCGGCCCCUGCUUCAUCUGUCUUCAAACUCCUGACACCGUCCAGCAAUCGAUACAGUCUGCUAAGGGACGAACUAUGA